UCUAAAUAAACAAUGACAAAUCAGUCGUUUUCAGUUUAGAGAAGCAGAUAGUUGCAGGAGGUAGAAGAAACCUGAAGGGAUCUGGUGCCAGAGGAGAAAUAUUGAUAAAAAUCGACUGAUUCUAGACCCCAAAAUAUAAGAGCAAUGAGACGGCACGCCUUAGUUUGCCUCUUUUUGCAGCUCACUUUUGAGCUUUGCUCGUGCACAAAUAUUCAGCUUCCUUAUGGUUCUACAGUGAAGCUGCCCUGUUUUUCAUCAGAAAGUUACUUCUCUGGAGAAAACAUCAUCUGGAAAUUUAAUGGACAAAAUCUAACUCAGUCUCUCAGCUCUGCCAGAGCAGUAGACAAUGGCCUACACAUCUCCAUUUCUCCUGUCACUGCUGCCAGUGAGGGCGAGUAUGUGUGUUUGACACAAGUCAAUGAUAUCGAGUUGACAAGAGGAUUUAACCUCUCAGUCUUAUCACUUCAUAGCACCAUCACGGUGACUUCUGGCACCAACGUACAUCUGCCGUGUCACAUUCCAUCCUCCAGUGUAGUCAGCAGCAAUGCGCUGUGGUUCAAAGACACUGGUGACAGCAAAAGAACGCAACUGAACCUUGAAGACGACCCGACAGAUGAGAAGAAAGUGGACCUGCUCUAUCCAAUGGACCACGAUCAGAGCAUUAUUAUCCGACAAGCUUUCACGGACGACUCUGGAGUUUACAGUUGUGAAUCUGCUGAAGGAGAGAGGCUCCACACCAUCAAUCUUAUCGUUGAAGAUUCUGCUCCUCCGUUGCUUUCAUGCAAAGACUUAAACGACGUGUUGGAUCUCUGCAAGGAGGAGGAAAGCCGCACAGCGGAGCCUAUCCUAAGAGAAUCCAUGACAGAGUUUUCUAUGAGGUUGUAUUCACACUUCAAAGACGAGCACCCCCGAAACAACCUGCUCUUCUCUCCCGUCAGCAUUAAUGGGAUUCUCUCCCAUCUGUUGUUAGGUGCCAAUGGAGAGACCCGCAAAGCCCUGGAGAGAGCGAUGUGUUUGCCUCAUGACUUCCACUGUGUUCACUCACAGAUGAGGAAGCAGAGAGAGAGGAUGUCCUUCUCCUUACAAAUGGCCUCUCAGAUCUUCUAUAACUCACAGAUGAACCUGAGUGAUGCCUUUACCAACUUGUCCAUUCAGUACUACGAAGCAGAGCCCGUGAAACUGUUGAAGACCAGUGAGGAGAACACAAAGUUGAUAAACGACUGGGUGGCAAACAAGACCAAAAACAAAAUCCCAAAGCUGCUUGAGCAAGUGUCGCCCAGUACUCAGCUGAUGCUGCUGAACGCCGUGUCCUUCAGCGGUGAAUGGAAGUUUCAGUUUAAUGAUAAACCAAAGAAAAGAGAUUUCAUCAAACUGAACGGAGAUAGAGUGAAGGUGCCCCUCCUCUAUCAUUCAAAGUACUUGGCGACUAUGAUGUACGUGGUGGAGAUGAAAGCCCAGGUAGCAAAAUUUUCUCUCACGGGAGACAACAGUCUGUACAUCCUGCUGCCUCACUCCAACACAGAGGCCGACCUGCAGCAGGUUGAGAAGAGGAUGACAGAUGGAAACGUGCGUCAGAUGAUGGAGCAUCUGAGAGCUGCAGCUCCCCAGAACAUUGAGGUCACUCUGCCCCAAAUUAAACUGGAUGUGGAGCCAAACAUGAUCACGCUCAUCAAGAAAUUAGGUUUGUCAUCCCUUUUCGAGGGUGCCAGCUUGUCAUGCCUCCAGCCCGGGGGGGAUCUGGUUCUGGAUGAUAUCAAACACAAAGCGUUCCUCGCGCUGACCAAACACGGGGUCGAGGCCGGUGCUGUGACCACCUUGUCGUUCUCUCGCUCCUUGCCAUCCUUCUCGGCCCUCAGGCCUUUCAUCAUGAUGCUGUGGAACGACGAGGCCAACGUGCCGCUCUUCGUUGGCAGGGUGAUGGAACCCUGACACUCAGUCAACAAAGGCAGAGGUUUUAGAAGACAAACAAUGCAGACAAAUCACGCAUUUUCACAUACAUCCACACUUGAAAGUGUACAGUUUUAAGGCAUAAAAAAUAAAAACCCAAACUGCACCACAGGCA